AAGAAGGUCUCCGCCGCCAUCAAUCACAAUGCGGGCUCUCUGACCAGGGAGAGUGCUGUGAAAGAAAGCCCUGGAUGCCAGAGACUAGGGACACAGACCUGUGAGGAGGAGCGAGCUGACGGAGAAGGACUCUGUGCCAAGAGCUCUUCUCUGUCAUGAGGAUUUACCCCGAUUGUCAUCUGUGACACCCCCCCGUCCUGCAGGCAGCUCCAUGGGUCCCCUGGGGAUGGCACUGCUGUUUUCUGUGUUGCUGACCCCAACAGGACUCCUGGCCCAGGGGCACCAGGGAGAGGAAGACAGUCGUAUUCACAGGCAUUGGGUUAGAACGUGCACAUGACUCUGGGAGACACAAUUCAAUCCAUCCCAAGAGCAGCAAGUUGUCUUUCCACCCAGGAGCCAGUCCCCAGGCUGCAUGUGACAUUUGAUCCGAGGGAAAUGACAUUAGCUUGGGACUGCAGAGAAAAUGCCACCGUCGUCAAAUGUCUGAUGAGCCACAGGGAAGAAGGGCAGAUUAGCAUGAAGCCGAUAGACAAACAAUGUAGCUGCACCUUCGAACUCCGCUCUCUGCACAGAGGAGUCGUCCUCACGGUUGAAGCAAACACCAGCCAGGGACUCUUUGAGCAAGAACUGCUGUACGACAACCCAGGCGAGAAUGGAACGGCUGCAGAAAACUUCUCCUGCUUCAUCUAUGACGAGGAUUUCAUGAACUGCACGUGGGCAAAGGGCAGAGCGGCCCCAGACGACGUCCAAUAUUUCUUUUAUAUCCGAGACUCAGAGGGAAAGAAAGAAAGAGAAUGUCCACAUUACCUAGAACACUCAGGAACCCACGUUGGGUGUCUCGUCGAGGACCUCUCGGAAUUAGCCUUUCACAGCUACUUCCUGGUUAAUGGAACCAGCAGACGAGUGGGAAUCCAGUUCUUUGAUUCAGUUUUGUCGAGGCAUAAAAUGAAUAUGUACAGUCCACCCACCAACAUCACCACGAACUGCAACCACUCACACUGCCUCCUCGAGUGGCAACGCCCCAGGGCCCAGCAAAACGUGCCUGCCAGUGAGCUGAUGUAUGAGGUAGACAUCCGGCAAAAGGGCAGUAAAGAUGGCAGCAGCAAUAAACUGAUUUCCAUUCCUGGUAAUUCCGGAAACAAGCACAACUUUCCUAUCAAUCCCAGAGCAAGUUACACUGUGCAAAUCAGAACCGCAAACUCCCGGAUCCUUCACUGGGGUCCCUGGAGCGAGCCUGUGAAGUUUGGCUUUGAAGAACAAGAAUCCAGCCCCACCUAUGUCUAUGUGUUGGUGGUCCUGGGAACCCUCCUUGGUGCCCUGGUCAUUGGGUUUCUUUUUAAAAGGUUCCUUCUGACGCAUAAUUUAUUCCCUCCGAUUCCGAAGAUCAAAGAUAAACUGAACGACAACCAGCAGACAAACCUGCAGGUCAGCUGGGACCAGCUCACAUCCGACGCAGGAAAAGCUGAGAACGAAGACGUCCUGACGGUGGUGGAAGAAGUCGUGUGAGCCGCGCCAGCCCCAACAAGAUGUGAAUACAUCCAUGCCUCCACCGUGAGACUCCCAGAAAUCGUAUUUAUAUAAUGUUUUGAGCAUUUAUGUAGUUUUUCUACCUUUUUACUUAUAAAAAUAUGACAUUUUACACAGAUGCUCGGAACCCUAGAGAUUGUUCAAUCCCCCUCGAACCCGUCAACGUAAAGCUCAGGCUAGAUCCUCCGCAAAGAGCUUGUUCUUUCCGGUGUUUUGCUAGUUGCCUUCAAGGAGGCUCUGAUUCUUGGCGGCCCCACGCACAACAAAACGAAUCGCGGCCUGGUUCCGCACCAUCCCCCUGAUCCGUUGGUCUCCUCGAGUCCAUCGUUGCAGCUACUGCGUGUUUUGAGCGCCUUCCAGCCUCGGGCGCUCACCUUCCAGCACUACGUCAGCCACUGCUCUGUUAGGAUCCGUGGGGUUUUCACUGGCUGAUUUUCAUAAGUAGAUGGCCAGGCCUUUCUUCCUAGUCUGUCUUAGUCUGGAAGCUCCGCUGAAACCUGUCCACCAAGGGGAACCUGCUGGUAUUUGGAAUACCAGUGGCCUAGCUUCCAGCAUCCCAACAACAUGCCAGCUACCACAGUACACACUGACAGACGGGUGUGAGUUUUAGCUAUAAGAUCCCAUUUCUAUGAAAUUCAAAAACAGACAGAAUUACCCAAAGGUAAUAGAAGUCAAGUCAGUGGUGGCUUAUGGGGUCAGGGGACAAACUGGAUGAGGGACAAGGG